UUGAUAGUUCAUAAAGAAUUAAUUUAAAUUAUGUUUAAUGUAAAGCCAUAACUUUCAAAUUAAAAUAUUUAAUAAUUUUUAUAAACAAUAUUAUUAGUUUUAUAAAAUUGUCUUCACUUCAAGUUUGUGACUGUAAAGAUAUGUAAACUCUCCUUUUUAUAUUUAUGUGUACCAUUAAAAAAUUAAGUUUUUUCAAACACAAAUCAUCAAAUUUCCUAUUAACCUUUCAUCAAUCAAACAUUAAACUAUUUAUUAUUAACCCUUCAUUAAAUUAAACAUUAAACUUUUCAUAAAUUCAUAUGUGCCUUAUACUUUCGUGAUGGUGUCUAAAUUCCCACAUGUGCCUUAUACUUUCAUGAUGGUGUCCUUCAACUCCUUGCAUGUCAUCAGAGUCCCUUCGGCAACAUUUACUUCAUCAUCAUCCAGUACAUACUAACUUGCAUGUCAUCAGAGUCACUUGGCUCCGUUUACUUAAUUAUCAUCCAGUACAUACUAACUUGCAUGUCAUCAGAGUCACUUGGCUCCAUUUACUUAUUCAUCAUCCAGCACAUACUAACUUGCUUGUCAUCAGAGUCACUACGGCACCAACAAAUUAACCACCAUUGACUUCAUCAUCAUUCUAUGCUGCUUACUUGCAUGAUAUCUGCUUUGCUACGCUUCUAACACAAAGAAGCCACCAUUUACUUUAUCGUCAUUCAUCACUGACUAAUUUGCAUGCCAUCGAGUCCCUACGUCACUAACAAACCACCAUUGGCUUCAUCAUCAGUUGGUCGAACUUAAUUUCUAUGUUAUCACAUUCAUCUUCUACGUUAUCAGCACAAUCCAGCAAUCAAUUAUGCCUUGCCAUCUUACCAUGCUUUACUUAAAAAUUAACAUCAUAUUAUCAAUUGUCAAGAAACAUUUAUUAAAUGUAAGUAAUUUUUUUUUUCUAUGCAAAAUGAUUUAAAGUUUUUAUUCUUUUUUUCUUUAAAUAUACAAAAAUAAUAAACAUGUAGCUAAAGAUAUAUUUGUUCAUCACAUCUAAAUAAAGUUUUAUCUUUAUCUUGGUGUUGUUUUUAGAUGUGAUAUAAAAAAUGAGUGAGAUAGUAUGCUUUAUUGAUUUCAUAAAACCUCACUUAGUGUUGAGUGAAAAUGCGUUUAAAAAAUUUGUAAAAAAUUAACCAUUUGGCAUAUAGAAAUAAUCUAUAUAUAACUGGAAAGCUCAGGACCCUAACCCUAACCUUCACUUAUCUGUUAUCAACAUUUUGUUAAAAUAGAAAUAUAAGAACAUUUUAUUACAAAAAUAAAAAAUGAUAACCUCAUAUUGAGUUGGUUAAAAUAAAAAAAUAUAUAUAUAUAAACUGUAUAAAACAAUAAAAUACUUUUAUUAAGCACACUUUAAGCUUUAUUUUGAUAUAUAGAUUAUAGCAAAGUGAUAAAAAUUAACGAAAUGGUACUCAUUUUUGUUCAUUUUUUCAUAAAAUCUUGUGCCAUGGUUUCCCAUUGCUUCAAUGUUAAGUGAAAACGCGCCAAAAUUUUAUUUAUUUUUUUAUCUAUUGGACUCGUACUAACAUUCUAUACCUCAUUGGAAAGCUCAGAACAAGAUCUUUAAUAAAAUAUUAUCCAAAUUUUAAAAAAAAAAUUUUACACAAUUUUGUCACAUACCUAUGUAGAACUAACUAGAUAGAUUGACUUGAUCUAGAUCUAGUUAAAAAGUAGUUAGUAGUAGUAGUUUAUUAUACAUUAUAAGGCUUGUCUUUGAGUCCCAAGAUUAGAGAGGAAUGCUUGUAUUUCCCAUGACUGUGCAACCCCAGCUGUGACCUACAUAUUUUGCCACAUCCAAGGCAAGCAUAACCAUUGUCUGCAGGUGGUUGAUUUAGAUUUUUUUUUUUGCCAUCUGCAUUUGUCCUUGGCAGCGGAUUUUAUUUUUGUCUCAAAAGUGUAUCCCGUGGCCUUCGUGAUUGACCUCUAGCUGUCUCGUUCUGAGGCCGCCUGCAACCAGGUGCUCUCUUCUAUGUCAGCUAAGGAAAGUUGACACUUAAGCUGGUGUUUGAAGCAUUUCCGUGGAGCACCUCUGUUACGUUGACCACCUUUUACUUCAUUAAAAAAGACUGCCUUUGUCAUACGUUCAUCUCCCAUACGGCAUAUGUGCCCUGCCCAGCGUAACUGUCAGACCAUAAGAAGUCCCUCUAUACUGUCUAUACUGGCGUUUGCAAGGACAUCACUGUUUGUAGUGCGGUCUUAACACUGUAUGUCCAUGAUGGAGCGCAAGCAUCUUUGGUGAAAGCGCUCAAGAAGUCUUUGUUGUUUUCUGUAAAGUGUCCAUGUCUCAGAGUCAUACAGAAGGGUUGAGAGAACCACCGCCUGGUAGACAUUGAUAUUUGUAGGCAGGUGGAGCAAUUUGUUCUGCCAAACUCUUGCCUGAAGGCAUCCAAAAGCGCUACUGGCCCUGGCCAGACGGUUAUCAACUUCCCUUGAAAGUGAGGCGUUAUUUGACACAAUACUACCUAGAUAUGUGAAGUGGUCUACAUUUAUAGUGCCAUUUCAUAAUUAAUAUUGUUAUAAUCUAGAAUAUUCUAGAUCCUAGAGAUUUAGUAGAGGUAGCCUAAGGUCACUAUGGAGAUUUAGUUACAGUUAGUGUAUGAGAUUAGAGUCUUAUUAAAAUUAAUAUUGUUUGUCUACAAUAAUAAAAUAAUCAUUUCAUAUCACCAACAGAAAGAGAGACCUGACAACCCUGCAAGUCCGACAUUUCGUUUUUCAAAUUAAGGACACAGAAUAGAGCUGCAAUAUAUAUGGAUCCAUCAAUCAGGUCCCUCUGAGAACUUGGAAAGCUCGUGGUGUGAUUCCCAGAAGUUUGGAGUAUCUCUUUAGUGUAAUAGCUCACCAACAAGAUCAUGGCAGGAAAAAACAGUUUUUGUGUCGCUGCUCCUUUUUAGAAAUCUAUCAAGAGCAAAUCUUUGAUCUUUUGGAUACAGCUUCACAAGGUAUUCGCUUGCGUGAGAAUAUGAACAAAGGUGUCUUUGUAGAUGGACUCAUUGAGCAAGUUAUCUGCAACCCAAGAAAUGCUUAUCAGUUAAUAAUCAAGGGCUGGUUGAAUCGUAGAGUAGCUCCUACUUCCAUGAACAGAGAGGGUUUGCGCUCUCAUGCUGUUUUUACAGUUAAAAUAGAGUCAAAGAAUCAUGAAUCUCAGCUGACAGCCAAAGAAGAAGAACUGCAAAGAGUGAACAUGACUCUUCAGAAAUUUGAAAAAGACAACAAAGUUUUACAAGCUAAGUUGAAGCACACAGAAGUUUGUGAGCAGAAAGCUCCUGAAGUGCCAAAUUUUCAAGUUAUUAAGAAUAUUGAAUUAGCCUAUAGCCGCAAGAUGGAAGAGUUUGAGAGGUCAAUCUUUGGCAAAGAUAAAAAAGUAGCUGAGUUAUUAUUUGAAGUAGCAAAAUUAAAAGAGGAACUUCACCUUGCCAGAGAAACACAUGCAUCUGUUUUAAAAGACAGGAAUUGCAAUAAAAUGGGUGCUGAAUUUCAGAGUGCUGUGCCUAUGCAAGGAGGUGCUAUUGGUGAGCCUGGAGAGAGAAAGUCAUCUUCAGAAAAAAAUGGCUCGGUUAGAGGAAGAACUCUAAUAAAAGAUACAAAAAUGCCAGAAAUAAAUGAACAAUCUUGGAGAAGUAAAAAAAAGUGAAUGAACUAAUAACAUCCUUUUAAAGAGUCACUGUUUUUGUAAAAGCAGUAUAAAGUUGUUUUUUUUUAUACCAAUCAAUGGUUAUAAUUCAAAUGAAAGCCACUUCAUUCUUCUUAAAAAAUCCAGUACAAGAGAUACAGUACUUGUAAGCAUGUCAAUGAUUGGUUGAAUCCUACCAGUAUUUGAAUAAACAUAUAUUUUAGUUUGAUGCCCAAGAUUGGCAUUGACUCUAGACAAAUAAUUGUGUUUAUACACAGUUUGACUGUAAAAGAAAUAUGUCGAGAUAUUUUUGUUAAGAUUUUUCUUAAGUUCAAGCUACUACACUCUUUUAGUCAAUAAGUUCUACAAUGGAAUUUAAAAAGAUGUUUAUGGAAACUGUCUUUCAUUUCACUAGCCAUUUGUUUCUCAUAAAAAUUGUGGAAUUGAAAAUGUCUGUUACAUGUGCUUCUAUAUCUAAUAUUUAUGAAUAUAUAUAUAGAGAGAAUAUCCUCUGCUUAAAAGUAUGCUUUAUUGGAAUAUGUUUGAUGUCAAUACUUGUAAUAAAAUGAACAAGAGGUGUUUCACUCUAGUAGUUUAAAUUUUCAUAAGUUAUGAACUAGAGGCCUUAAAUAAAAUUGACUACUUUUGGAUAAAUUUGUCAUCUCUGUUGAUGUACAAAUAAUGUAACUAGGCCUCAAGGUUUCCUAAAUUGAGCAAAGAGAAAGAGCAUCCACAUUUAUCUUUUUCUAGAAAGAACAAAAAUAAAGCUCAAAUAUUUCCCCUAUUUUGACACAAAUUAAGAAAAAUAAUAUGACCAUUUUUGUAGGAGCUCGCAAGGUUGAAUUUAUAGGUAGGCUAUUUAGGCAUGGUUGUAUUUUACACAGCUACAACUGUAUUAAUACAUAAAUAAGCCGUCUUAUUGUAAAUAUGUACUGUACAUAAAGAAUUAGUAGAAAUAGCUAUUUGAUCUUCAUGUAUGGUCUUGAAUCCUUUUUUUUUUUUGGUGUUUUGAUUUUUCUGAAUAACUUAUAUGUUAAACUACUUGUAUAAUGUGUUUGUAAAUAUUCAUAUCAGAUAAUUUCUAUUAAGUCUUAAGUUUAAGGAAGUUGGAAGUUUUGUUUAUGUAUCAACACAGACCAUGAGCUCUAUUAUAACUGUCUGUCUGGUCUUUCAGUUUUUCUUUAGGUCAUCUUUGUUUCAUUGUGGCAGUCUGUAUUUAUAUUUAGUGUAUUCUUGCCAUUUUAUGCCCAUAAUUGAACCCAGACUCCUUUGGUUCAAUCCUUCUAGCACUCUUAAAUGCUUUGCAUGUAGCUGCCAAAUCUGAGAGCCAUAGUGAAGUGCUUCGAGGCCACUGCCUGGUAGAUAUGUAACUAUCAUGUAAGAAGUUUGGGUCCUCUGAGUCCACCCAGCUCUAAUGGGUACCUGGCAUUAGUUGAGGAAAAGUAAAGGCGGUUGGUCAUUGUGAUGGCUAUAUGAUACUUUCGUUAACUGUAGGCCACAGAAUCAGAUGACCUUUACAUCAUCUGCCCUAUAGACCACAAGGUCUGAAAGGGGAACUUUACUUACUUAAUUGCAGAAGUGUUGUACAUAAAAACAUUCCGUACUCAAGUUUAACUGCCAUUGGUUAGAAUCAAUAUCUUAAAUAGAAUAAGGUGUAAUUUUUAACAUUAAGCCACAGAAAUGUGACCCUACAAUGACUAUGCUACGAGUAGUAGUUGUUAUUUAUAAUUAUAGCAAUCAAUUUUUUUGUUAAAGGCCCCUAGCACUAUUAGAUCUUCAAAUUAGCUUAGUGAUAUUGUAAUAUGUGAUUUACAUUAGCUGAUAUUUUAUUGCUUUCAUGGAUUAACAAGAAUUGGUUCUGUUACACCACAACUGAUGCCUUACUGAAAAAAAUGUUCUAAUGAGUGAAAAUAAAGUUAUUUAUUUUCUAA